AUGGCUGACGCCCUCGCCUCGCAACUUCACAAUACCAAGCUUAGUGAUGGAAACACAGAAGCAAAACUUCAAGAUACACUGAAACUUCCUCCUAAGGAUGCUCGGCCACAGACAGAGGAUGUCACUGCCACCAAGGGCCUCGAGUUCGAGGACUUUUACAUUAAGCGGGAGCUGAUGAUGGGCAUCUUUGAAGCUGGUUUUGAAAAGCCUUCUCCCAUUCAAGAAGAAACUAUUCCGGUUGCUCUCACUGGCCGAGACAUUUUGGCCCGAGCAAAAAACGGCACCGGAAAAACAGCUGCCUUCGUUAUCCCCACUCUUGAACGCAUCAACCCAAAGAGCACCAAAACCCAAGCCUUGAUCCUAGUCCCCACACGAGAGCUGGCGCUUCAAACCUCGCAGGUUUGUAAGACAUUGGGGAAACACCUGGGGAUUAAUGUCAUGGUCACUACUGGUGGAACGGGCCUGAUGGAUGAUAUCAUCCGGCUCAAUGACGCCGUUCACAUCCUGGUUGGUACGCCUGGCAGAGUCCUGGACCUGGCCAGCAAGGGCGUGGCCGAUUUGUCCGAAUGUCCUACUUUCGUGAUGGAUGAAGCAGAUAAACUUCUCUCGCCUGAAUUCACGCCGGUCAUUGAGCAGCUGAUGUCCUUCCAUCCCAAAGACCGUCAAGUCAUGCUCUUCAGUGCCACCUUCCCGCUUAUCGUCAAGGCGUUCAAGGACAAGCAUAUGCGCAACCCUUACGAAAUCAAUCUUAUGGAUGAGCUCACCCUCCGCGGAAUUACACAGUAUUACGCUUUCGUCGAGGAAAAACAAAAGGUGCACUGUCUGAACACUCUAUUUUCCAAACUCCAGAUCAAUCAGUCUAUCAUUUUCUGCAACUCGACCAACCGCGUGGAGCUCUUGGCCAAGAAGAUUACCGAGCUGGGUUACUCUUGCUUUUAUUCGCAUGCUCGCAUGCUUCAGCAGCAUCGUAAUCGAGUUUUUCAUGAUUUCCGCAAUGGCGUGUGUCGAAACCUAGUCUGCUCGGAUCUCCUGACUCGUGGUAUUGAUAUCCAAGCCGUCAACGUUGUGAUCAACUUUGACUUCCCGAAGAAUGCGGAGACCUACCUGCACCGUAUCGGUCGUUCAGGUCGCUUUGGUCACCUCGGUCUCGCAAUCAAUCUCAUCAACUGGGAGGAUCGUUUCAACCUGUACAAGAUUGAGCAAGAACUAGGCACCGAGAUCAAAGCUAUCCCUCAAAACAUUGACAAGAAGCUUUAUGUUUAUGAUUCGCCGGAGAACAUCCCUCGACCCAUUUCGGGGCCUCCUCAACCCCAAAUUGCUGGUUCGCAUUCCGGCAAUGGCGAUCGCCAACCUCGUCGCCAGAACCAUCAUCACCACCCGAAUGGUGGGCAGUACUACAAUCGUGGUCGGGGCUCCUACCGUGGCGGUGGUCGUGGACAAGGUCCACGCCGUGGUCCCAACGAUGCCAACAAGCCCGCUCUUGCCCCUGGACAAGUUGGGGCUAAUCCACAAGCCCCUAUCUCCUAA